AUGAGUGCUCGCGACGUAGUCUUGCUCCUCGUGAGCGUCGGUCGGUUUGGCUGCUUCGAUAAUAGGGCCGCAUCUCGCCAAGAGUGCGGUGUAUUUGGGCGAGGUUUAGCUCUCUUUGAGAGCUUCACUUCGUUGCUUUCUCUGUCGGCCUCUCUUCGGGAGUACGAUAUAUUCAUCCGAGCGUCUAUAGCGGGACUCGUUCAAGCUCUCUUCGAGGGUCUUGUCUUCCUGUGCUCUUUGGUUCCAGACGUUUGCCGCUAUUCCUUCGAGGAUGCGGUAUAUCUUGGCAAAUAUCGCGCUUCUCUUCGAGAUGUGAUGGUCUGCCAGACCCUGUGGUAA